AUGUCGACGAAUAUUCAUGAUAAUCAAUCAAAAGAAUAUUCACUUGCUGAAACAAAACGUCAUAAACCAUGUUUAAUAUAUCGCGGUCAUCGUUAUGUACAAGAUAAAAUACAAAAUCGUACUAUUUAUUGGAGAUGUGAAGAUCGUUCACAUUGUAAUGGUCGAGCACAUCAAUUAGUUGGCAAUGGAUCAUUACCUGUUCUUACAAUAAAACAUAAUCAUGCACCUAUUAUUGAGGACUUAUCAAGACAUGAUAUAGUAUCUGUUGAUAGUCAUCGUCGUCGACGACGACAAAAUCGAAAAAUGCUAUCUAACCAUUCGAAUGAAAAGGAUGAUCUUCAAUUUUCUUUGUCAUCAUCAACUAUGAGUUCACCAAUUAAACGUGAAAAUCUUCAGAAUAAACAACAGCAACAACAUGCAGCUAUGGUUAAAAAUCUUCAUUUAUCUGAAGUAAUUACAACUGCUGUUGCUCCAAAUAUUCAUCAAUCUAAUAAUAUGAUUACACUUCAGCAAAAUGUAGUUGAUCCAAUUGAAAUGACAAAAUUAUUAAGUAAUAUAACAACUACAUUAACAAAUUCUCCAGCCAAAAAACUUCGAACAUCAUCAACAAUGGAUCAGCCAAGUCGUGCAAAUCAGUUUUCUUGGGAAGAAAUGGAAGGACGUUAUGUACCAGUUAUAUACAGAAAUGAAAGUGGUAUCAAGAAUCGUUAUACAUCGAAAAUGUAUGUUGAAAAUACUUUAUUUCAAAGUGAAUCAUGGCAACGGCACUUAGCGUUGGCUCGUUCACUCCCACCAUUAGUAUCUUAUUCGUAUACAGAAUAUGAACUUAAACUAUUUCGUUUUAUUAUUGAAUGGCAUCUAGCAAGUUUCAAUUUCAAAACUAUUCCAUCAACUGACUGUCUCAUUCGUUUCGAAGAUCUUCUAGAAUUUUACAAUACUUUACGUAGAUUAAGAGAUUCCGCAUCGUCAACAACAUUUAACCGUCCAAUUGCUCCAUUACCACCCCCACCUUCACUAUCAGCUCAGCCAACAUCUACAGUUCCACUUAAACCAAAUUUACAAUCUCAAUCAAUUGAGGUACCUACACAAGUUGUUUCACCUAUCAAAAAACAAUCAAAAGCUCAAUUAUUACCACAAAAUCCAGAUGUUUCACUACAAACAAAUCGUUCACCAGAACAAUUAACAUCAUCCCCCAAAUCACCAAAAGAAUCCGGUUGGGUACAAAUCAAUAAUGUAUUUGUACCAUAUAUUGUUAAAAUAAAAUUACGUGAAAAUGAAUUAAAUAAAUGUCAUACACGUCAACCAGCACCACAAUUACAACGUGAAUUUUAUGUUCCAUAUGAAAUUCUUAUUAAAUGUAAUAUCUUCUCUGAUAAUGAAUUUUCAUUCAAAAAAUUACUUAUCAAAGCUACACAACAUGAUUUUGAUAUUCUAAAUAAUCUUAUUACAAAUAUUAAUAUAUUUGAUGAAAAAGUACCUGAAAAAACUUUAUUAGUAAAUCUAUAUCAUGUUAUGAUGGGUCUCGAUCGUAUAUUAUAUAUUAAAUUUUUACCAACUAAACAUCCACGAACACAAGUUAAUAAAUAUCAUGCAAAUGUAUUAACGCAUAAAGGUGGUACAUUACUUAUGAAUGGAAAUAAACUUAUUCCAUAUAUUGUACAAAAUAAUCGUUUCUAUGUUCCACUUUUAUAUACAUUCCAAUCCUUACCAAAUAUACUUUUACAAGCUAAACGUAGUGCACGUGCACCAAGACAAUAUGAAAUUGAUUAUUUAAAUUUAUUAUUUAUUUAUUUUUCUAUUGGUACAUCACCAUUGUUAACAGACACUUUACUUGUUGAUAUAUUUAAUAUAAAAUGUUCAAAUUUACAAUCACCAGUUCAUUUUCGAACAUUACAUGAACAUCAACAAUAUGAAAAAACUAAACUAUCGAAAUCUUCUUCACCAGCUACACAAACAUCGAAAUCUACAACUGGAUCACCAUCAGCACAUAAAACAAGUAAAUGUCCACCAGCAAAUGUUGUUGUUAAUCCAAUGAUACAUCAUCCAUCUUUUUAUGGUAUACCAUCACCAAAAUCAGUUACAUCACAUAAACAACCUGAGAUAAAAACAAUUAUACUCGAUAAUCAUUCAUUAAAUGCUAUUAUUAAAUCAUCAGAUAUACCAAUACGUGAUUGGAAAAUAUCUAUUAAAGAUAUUUUUCAAAAAUUUUCUUUUGAUAUUGAUUAUCAGAUAUUUAUUCAAUGGUGUCAAACAAAUUUACUUUUACCAUUAAUUAAAUUAGAUGAAGAAGAAAAGAAAAUAGUUAAAAAUAAUUCUGAUAAUGAUUAUUAUAUUUAUCAACGACAUCUUGAAAGAUGUCUUGAAUUAUUAAAUGAUCUUAAAAGUGGAACGAUUAACAUGACUCUGUUAUCAACAUCAUCAGGCGAUGAAUCACAACAGCAACAGAUGAACAAAUCAACAUUAGCAGGUGCUAAAAAACGUAAAACCACAGUGCCUACAACUCGUCAUAUAAAUCCAAUAUCAACAGACAAUGAAACUAAUCCAAUAACGAAUUCUGUUUCUCACGACAUGGAACAUCUAUCACCAGAACUUCCACUUCCUGACGAAUUGGUUCCAUCAAUAGUAAAUGAUAUUCCAAUAAAAUCUCCAAAUAAUCAAGUAAUUUGUUCGAUAAUCACUAAUAAUGAUAAUGUUGCUAUUGAUGACGAUGAUGACAUAAUGCCUGUAGUAGCUUCUGUUGAAGAAGGCGAACCAAUUGAAGAAUUAAAUCAUGUAGAGCUUGAUACAUCAUUUGUUAUUGUUGAAACAAAUGAUUAUAAUGAUGAAAAAAUUCAACUUGAUGAUGCAAUACCUUCAUGUUCAUCAGGUUAUGAAUCAUCAGCAGCAUUAAAUCAUGUUGAUACUAAUAAUCAUGAGGAUGAGGAUGAAAAGAAUUUGACAAUAUGUUUCAAAGAUCAAACAUUAACAAAAUCAUUAAAAUCUCCAAUGAUUUUCUCAACAAAUAAUAAAAAAUCAACUAAAAAACGUCAACGUUAUAAAUAUGGAAAAUCUCGUAUACGACCACGUUCAACAACAACAACAACAACAACACGAGUUAUUAAAAAAGCACGUUCAUAUGAAGAUGAUGAUGUUGGUAGUGAUUUAUCCUUAACAACUAUAAUUACUAGUGAACAAAUUGAACAACAUUUAAGAACAUUAUUUAUGUCAUCAAUUGAUUUACGACGUACACGUACAAGAUCAGUAAAAUCACCGGCUCGUCUUGUUGAAAAAAUUAAUACAAAUGAUAAUAAUAAUUCUAUAAAAGCUAUUGAGCCAGAUUCCAAUGUUUUUGAUAUUCUUUCAUCAUCAACUGCAACUGAGCCAAUAAAUGAUAAUGAAUCAGCACAAGAAACUGAUCCAUCAUGUACAUAUAAUGUUAUGAUAACCAACAAACCUAAUAAAUUAGGUUUAACAAUAAAAAAAGUUGUUCAACCGGAAUUAUAA